AUGGACAUAGUUAUACAAGAAGGCGUUGAAUGGACACCAGAUAGACACGACUCGAGGAUAUCUUACGAGCAUGGCUCUCACUAUUACCACCCCCACCGACAAUGCACUACUACCCUGGAGCGGAAACUUCGCCACAGCAGAGAGCAUCCACCUCAUUUCCUCCCUCGACUAAGUGUGGUACUACCAGCUAGCAAUGGCUCCAGCAUGGAAAACAUUCAGCGCGCCUCACCGUCGUCACAAAGAAAACCGCUAUCCCACGGCGAUGAAUCCAUGACUGUGGUCCUGUCAGCGUUUUAUGCUAAAUUAUUAAUAGUUUUAGGAGUAGCCCUACCAGUUACGAGCACUAUACAAAAUGAACUAUCUACCAACAUGACGUCUGAUCUGUUCACCAUGUAUUUAUAUGUCGUUAGUAUGGUGUUUUUAGGAUACACGUUUUACCACCUUCAAAUGGCCAAAAAAGACGAAAAAGAAAAUUCAGGACGAACCCGAUAUGGCAGCUUUUAUCUUCAUAUAGGAGUUGCAGGAUUUGGAGUAGGUUCUAUCAUCCACUCUUGCCUCCAGUUCGGAGGUUACUUCGACCUCUCCGGCGACUGUCAGAUGACCGUGGUGGCUGUCAAGCCUGUGCUAAGAAUACUGUUCUUAGUGGCGCAAACUGUCUUCAUAUUUUCAUUUACAGAUACUUUAGGUCCAAUGCGAGGUGUAGUGAUCGACAGAUUUGGUCUUAUGCAUUUAAUCGCAACAAAUGUGUGUGAAUGGUUAAAUGUCGUCAUCCAAGAAACAAGAGACGACAUUAUUGCAAUGGCGUACGAUCGUCCUUUAUUCAUCCGAUACGCAAACAUAACUGUACGUGAACUGAUACCCACAAACUAUUCACAAAUUAAUAUAAGCCUAGAACAAAAAGACUGGACUAUAGAUACAAAUGAGUCUUGGAUUAACAACAUAACAGUAAAAAAUCAGAUUUGGACUUGUAACGUAUCAGAAAUGAUUACACCGCUACUUAAAAGUGUCAAUCCGUAUUUGAGGCCGUGUGGAGUGGAAUACAGCCUCCUAUGUUCCAUCAUCAUAAUAGUUAUUUGGAAUGAUAUCUGUACUGUUCCUGGUUCGAAACAAGAAAAACAGGCACCGGUGUCUCCAUUAACUGUAAAAAAACAAUGUUGUGCUCGAGCUAAAUCAAAUAACCACUUCUCAGUAGACUGUGGCAGCGCACACAAAGGCCUCUUCAUGGGUGUGGCUGUUCUAUCUGGUACUAUCGUCAGUCUCAUGCUGUUCAAUGGACUCUUCCACAAAGAAGAACACAUGGAAUUAGCCUUACUACAGAUCAAUGUAUGGGAAACUAUCCUGUUUUUGAUAAUGGCUAUCGGUUCGGGAGCAUGCAUACAGAGGAUGCGCACUCUGCCACUGAAACGAUCUGUAACUACGUUGCCUCUAGAGCAUUCCCUUCUACUGAUUACACAAUGUGGAGUCUACCUUUACUACUUAUUCCAAAUCAUUGGAGCUGGCUUCGUCAUCCAUCGGUAUUCAGAGGAAACACGAGCAACCAGAAUAAUAUCACCCUUAUGUGCCGUCAUUCAAAGUUCGUGCCAGACUCUCCUAGUGAUGGAUGCGUGGUCGCGACGCUGUAGAGGCACAGGACGCCAAAGGCCCGGCCGGCAACUAGUGACGUUUCUCUUAGUGGGUAACUUCGCAUUUAUGGCUCAUCAAUCGAGUCAAAAAUGCGAGAGCAGAAUUUCAUCCUAUACAGAUGGAAUUUUAUGGCGUUUGGGCCUGGACGCUCAUAACUCACGUUUCGGUUCCCUUGCUAGUUUGCUAUAG